GGCAGGCACGUGUACCAGGAAGUAGGAAGUGGACACGGGGGAUGAGAAGUAUCACUGUAUAAAAGUGUGGCACAAUGUUAGAGGACUACUCCCCUGUUGCCCAGGCGCUGCUGGGCACUCUGUUCACUUGGGGCCUGACUGCUGCUGGAGCUGCGAUGGUAUUUGUCUUCUCCAGUCGACAGAAGCACAUCUUGGAUGGAAGUUUAGGAUUUGCAGCAGGGGUAAUGUUGGCUGCUUCCUACUGGUCUUUGCUGGCACCAGCGAUCGACAUGGCCGAGGAUUCUGGGAAGUACGGCUCAUUUGCUUUUCUGCCUGUGGCCGUUGGAUUCACACUUGGGGCGGCUUUUGUUUACUUUGCUGACGUCGCCUUGCCCUUGCUGGGUGUAAUUGCCGACCCUCACAUUGCCUUGGCCCUUGCUUCAGAGUCAAAGCUGGUCAAAGAGAAAGCAGAGGAUAUGCCAGAUCCAUUUUCUGAAUCCCAAGCCAUCAAGAUAGGUAGAGCUGCACCUCUCUCAGAGGAAGGUCUUCAGCUCCCGAGGAAGAGAAUAUCUCAAUGGGGUAGCUCAGAUGGUCGAGAAACAGUAAGCAAACAACCAGAAAUGGCUGGACAUCCCGGAAGCAGCUGGAGACGCAUCCUUCUCCUUAUUCUUGCCAUCACUAUUCACAACAUUCCAGAGGGCUUGGCUGUAGGGGUUGGAUUUGGAGCUAUUGGAAAGACUCCAUCUGCUACGUUUGAGAGUGCAAGGAAUUUGGCUAUCGGAAUUGGCAUCCAGAAUUUCCCAGAGGGCCUUGCAGUGAGCUUGCCACUUCGUGGGUCUGGGGUCUCAACAUGGAUGGCCUUCUGGUACGGCCAACUCAGUGGCAUGGUUGAGCCCAUUGCUGGGGUGCUUGGCGCCGUCGCCGUGGUGUUGGCUGAGCCACUGUUGCCAUAUGCGCUGGCGUUUGCAGCUGGGGCGAUGGUUUACGUCGUGGUGGAUGACAUCAUACCUGAGGCUCAAGUCAGUGGGAACGGGAAGCUGGCAUCUUGGACUUCUAUCUUGGGCUUCGUAGUGAUGAUGUCGCUAGACGUAGGGCUAGGCUGAAUUGCCAUGACGACCGGCACUGAGUGGACACCAAAUACCUCCAUAGCCAUCAUCACCACGACGCUGCUGACCUCAGUGUCAAAGAAGGGAACCAAAUCAAGUAUUGUAAAAUGUGACACUUUUCCACUGUACAGCAUGAAGUCAUGAUGCCAGUAAACCAUCCUCACUGUGAAUGUGUGGCGUCGCAUCCAGUACUGAUGUCUUUUUUUUAGACUAUUUGUACAGUAAUGCAAUGAAGAUACUGUGUAUCGCCACACUGUAAACAUUCCCUUUCCCCGACCUCAUUUUAAUACAGUUAUGUCCUGAAGUACAUUGAACACUGACAGUUUUUAGGAGUUUGCCUUUCUACACCACUCCCUAUGAAAAAAACAAAAACCAACGUCAGGAUGUGAUAUGUGAUUGGAGUUAAUACUUUCAACAGACCUCAAUAUUGCAUUUAUUAUUUAAGAAAUUGCAGCCAUUUUAUGUACCCGGUACCUCAAUUUCCAAUGAUGCAAUAGUAGAAUUACAAAAAAUGAUUCAUGUAUAUAUAUUUUGUAUUUGGUACACACACAUUUGGUUUGAUACGUACCUCAAUUUUAAGGUCAUUUUGAGUACAGUAGCUAAGGGGACAAAAUGAAAAACAUAAAUCUGCUUAGCUUUUGUGUAAACCACUUAAAUCAUUUUCUUAAAAUGAAACUUAGAAGAAUACAAACUGCUGGCAGGUAAUUCUCCAAUAAACACAAUUUGAACACAUGUGGACCACAUUAGUCUAGCUCCAGAUGAAAGACUACUCUACUUAAAGCUCUCAAAUAGAAUAGAAUAGAAAGUACUUUAUUGAUCCCUGGGGGAAAUUCAGCUGGACUAGAUUAUUGGACAGACCUUAAAGACUCAUAAAAACACAGUUUGUGUUUUUACAUUUCCGCUGAAUGUGUCGUUAUUGCAUUUUCACAAAUAUUAUAAAGGUUUCACAAAUCACAAACUGUUUCUAUGGAUCUUCAGGGUCUGUGGGAUGAUUUAGGGAUGAUUUCUUCAACGUUUUCCAGGCUUAGGACCCUAAAUCUGAUGGCGGGCUAGAGCAGGGACACCCCCCCCCCCGCCCCCCCUACUUAUUUAUCAUGCAUAUAAUUGUUUUGAAUUAAAAUGGUCCUCAAGGAUUUUGAUAAAUAUUUGAGAGGAACAAGCGGUAGAAAAUGGAUGGAUGGUUUAGGAGAUUCAAGUAAUAUAGUAUAGUGCCGCUAAUAGGUGACUGCCGACUAGCGCGCUAAUCACUAGCUGAUAACUAAAGCGAUAAUUGCUAGCUGACAACUUGCGCCAUCACUAGUUGACAACUGGUGUGCUAAUCGCUAAUUAAUUGCUAGCAGGUAACUUGCUCCGCUAAUCGAUAGCUAUCUUGAAUGCUACCAUAAAUAUUACCAUUUUUCAUUUGUGUUUUUAUUAAAAUCUGCAAGGUACAGUGACUAUGCCACUGCAUUUUCUAAACUCUACUACCGUGCUUUGGAUCAAUGUGAUAAACGUUCAAGACAUUUAACAUGGGUGGGUAUUAUAAACAAAUAUUUUUUUUAAAUAUGUCAUGAUGCCCCUGUUAAAGACUUUUGAUUUGAUCCAUAUUUGAGAACUUUAAAUACAAAGGUUUUAAUCUGGACCUGGACUACUGGUCUACAUUCUUAAAAAUGGUUUGAUGAGUCUUUACUAUAUUUUCAAAAAAAUAUUAAAGAUUUAUAAACUUUGCUAUGAGUUUUUACGCGACAUUUCUUUAUUUUUGUAACAUUGUUCAUAACAUCACAGAAUUUCUAAAAAAAAAUAUCAGUCUGGUAUCGACUAUCAGUAUCGUCCACCGCUAACGUCAGCCUUGUGAAAAUUGAUUUUACCAGUUUACUCCCAAUCACUCUGGACUUUUAUUAGGGUUGUGAAACAAUUAUGUACUCAUCCACUAAAGCAACUAAAUUAUUUUUGGAAAGUAAAUAAAUAUCCUGUAAAACUCAAAGUUGACAGGGCACGCUACUGAAUGACUUUUGUUGGUUGUGUUCGAGACCACUGAAAUAUCACAUUUGUCCCCGGCCUGAUUUUGGUGAUGCAUGUUAAAGCCCUCUAAAACAUGCAGAGAAAGGCACACAAUGAUAUGAAGAUGGUAAUAAACACUAUAGGUUUCAUAUAUCUGAAAUCUUUUUUGUAUGAAAUUGCUGCAAUUCCUAAAUAAUAAAUGCCCUUUUUUUUGUCAAGAUCACAUCUAAUUAUUUUUAAAAUUUUAAAUCCAUUGCGUUUAUUGUCAUGGUUAAAGACAAAAUAAGAUAAAAGACAAAUGAUUUAUGAAAUAAGUAAAUAUUAUGAACACAUGAUAAUUAGAAUGAAGUCAAUAAUACAAAAAAAAAUAUGUAUGUAAUUAAUAAUAGUGGUGGCAAAGAGGCAAAAUGCAAACUUUGUCCAACGUCCAAAGACUGUACUUGCAUUAUGGACAUAACUGUAACUGUAUUUGCUGUGCAGUGGAAAAGUACUCAUGCAUGCAUUGAGUCAGAAACAUUAUUCAUGUUUACUCUUGGUCAAUAUUCACUUUAAAACAGAAGUCGUCCAUUCUUAAAUUUGAAUCAUUUACCUCAUGGCUGUAGUACUUGAAGUCUGAAUGAAGUAAGUCUUUAUUAGACCUAAACAGAAACAGCUUAUUAUUUGUUUGGGGAAAAAAAGACUUGCACUACAAGCUGUUUUAAUGCAAUGCUGCAAUAUGCAAAUAUAAAUGGGAUUUUGUACAUUAGCGUUCCCUGCCCCCAAAAAAGGGAUUUCACGACUUGUUGAUUCUUCUUAUUCAUUAGAAUACUAAUGGAAACAAUGCUUCACGUCCUUUCCAAAUAAAUGUAGUGCCUUCGUUUUUUAUAAGUCAAGACUGCUACUGGGCAACAUGACUUUUGCCUGUUUAAAAGGGUGAAGUUGGUCCUGAUUCACACUUUGUUUAUUAAAGGAUCACUCUCAGAAUGAA